AUUCAAUCUUCAGGCUGGUGAUUAUACAGCAUUCAGCUGACACAUUUGGACGAACCCACGUUGAUCCUUUCAUGUCCGUUCGUACUUUCGCGCUUUUUUAAUUUAACAGCGCAAAGGGAGUUGUGGGUGCUGUUAUUUUGCAGUCUGCAAUGACGAAAAUAUACUAGAAAUUCGGGGACAUUUUGGACAUGUUUGGAUCUCUGUUUUGGUCGCUCAACAUGGAACAAAGAGGACGGGAGCGCCGGCCCUUGCUCGGAUUCUUGGCCUUGUUUUUAUGCGUCCGUUCUGCUUCCGCACAGCACAGAUAUUCCAUAUCUGAGGAGCUCAAUGAGGGGACUUUUGUUGGGAAUGUUGCGAAGGAUUUAGGAAUAGACCUGGCUUCAAUAAAGCAGAGGGGCUUCCGCAUUAUGUCCAGCUCGAGUGAACAGCUCUUUAAGGUAAAUGAGAACGACGGCGCCCUUUAUGCAAACCGUAAAAUUGACCGAGAGGAGGUUUGUAAGGAGAGUAAUGCGUGCCUGAUUAAUCUUAAAACCGUCCUCGACAACCCACUGGAGGUGCAUUAUAUCACCGUGGAAAUAAUAGAUAUAAACGACCACACCCCCACGUUCCCGGAGAAGACAAAAAGACUGGAAAUAGUCGAGUCCGCUUUGCCGGGUGCGAAAUAUCAACUGCAGAAUGCAUAUGACCCGGACGGCGGUCUAAAUUCGGUGCAACAGUACAAAAUAAGCCAAAACGAUCACUUCCGCUUGGAGGUGAAAGACCGAGGGCGAGACGGCAAAACGCCAAUUUUGCAGUUGCAGAGGCAGCUCGACAGAGAGAGCAAACGCAACCACAAACUGGUGCUGACAGCCAUAGAUGGGGGUACACCCCCCAAAACGGGCUCGGUUGAAAUCCUCAUCGAGGUUCUGGACGUGAACGACAACAUGCCGGUGUUCACGAAAGAGUCUUAUUCUGUAACGCUGCAAGAGAACGCGCCAGUGGGCACGGCUGUCAUUCAAGUUAAUGCAACGGAUUCGGAUUUCGGCUCCAACGGGGAGGUUGUUUAUUCGUUUGGAAGUGACAUCAAAGAUAAAAUUAGACAAUUAUUUGACAUAGAUUCUGUCACUGGGGAAAUUAUUGUGAAGGGCAACGUUGAUUAUGAGGAGCAAGACAGUUAUGAUAUUGACAUCCAGGCAUCGGAUAAAGGAAAUAUUCCAUUUAAAACGGAUAAAAGUGUAAUUAUUAAAAUUAUUGAUAUGAAUGAUAAUCGUCCGGAGAUAGAAGUCACGUCUUUGUCUCGCGCAGUUUCCGAAGACUCGAGACCCGGGACAACAGUAGCUCUCAUCAGUGUUAAGGAUUUAGACUCUGACCUUAACGGCAAAAUAAUAAUUAAUGUUUCCGAAGAGUCCCCUUUUAUGUUAACUGCAUCUAUGCAGGAUAACAUGUUUGCUGUUGUUACUAAGUCCCAGCUUGACAGGGAGCAGAAACGGGCAUACGAUAUAACGAUAAUUGCUCAAGACUCGGGUGAACCAGCUCUUACCUCCAAACAGAUGAUCAGUGUUUUUUUAUCCGAUACAAAUGACAACAGCCCGGAAUUUUUACAGAAUCCUUACACGUUCUACAUUAGUGAAAAUAAUAAACCGGGUGAUUCUAUAUUUUGCGUAAAGGCAUUUGAUCGUGACGAAGGUGAAAACGCACUAAUUUCUUAUCACAUUUUGAGGAACAUAGCAAAAGAAAAUGGGCACGCAUCAUUUCUGAAUAUUAAUUCUGAAACGGGAGACAUUCUGGCACUAAAAAGCUUUGACUUCGAAACGCUGAAAAGUUUCCAAUUCCAAGUGGUGGCCACCGAUGGUGGAAGUCCUCCACUGAGCAGCAACGUGACAGUGAAGGUGUUCAUUCUGGAUCAGAACGACAACGCUCCAGUCAUCCUGUAUCCAGUCAGCUCCAACGGUUCUGCCGAAGGGGUGGAGGAGAUUCCCCGCAACCUGAAAGCAGGAGACUUGGUGACUAAAGUCCGAGCUUAUGACGCCGAUAUCGGAUAUAACGGCUGGUUGCUGUUUUCGCUGCACCAAGUGAGCGACCACAGCCUGUUUUCUUUGGACCGCUACACGGGCCAGAUCCGAACACUUCGCUCCUUCACGGAGACGGAUGAGGCUGAGCAUCGACUGCUCAUUCUGGUCAAAGACAACGGCAACGUUUCGCUCUCGGCAACAGCGACUGUGACCAUCAAACUUGUGGAGCCCAAAGAGGCUUUUGCAGCUUCCGAAGUCAAAAGUGCAGCAAAAGUGGACGAGGAGGACAACGUGACUUUUUAUCUCAUCAUCACUUUGGGCUCGGUGUCGCUCCUUUUUGUCAUCAGCAUCAUCGUGCUGAUCGCCAUGCAGUGCUCCAAAUCCACAGAGUACACUUCCAAAUAUCUGCAAGACGCCAAUUAUGAUGGCACGCUGUGUCACAGCAUCCAGUACAGAUCAGGAGACAAGCGCUACAUGCUCGUCGGACCCAGAAUGAGUAUCGGUUCGACCAUAGUCCCGGGCAGCCACGCCAACACUCUGGUGCUCCCUGACAGGAGGCACACUUCGGGGGAGGUAAGGAAGCUUUUUCAAUAG